CCUAGCAGCUGGUAGACUCAUCCAUGAACAGACCCAGACUUAAAUUGCAUUAAAAACAAAAACAAAGACUAUGCUUGCCAAUGAAGACCAAACCUCCGUAAGUGAAGCAGCGCCAGAAUGGUUGUCCAGAUUGGAAAGAAGAUGCGAGCUAUUAAAACGCUCAAAAUUGGGACACGAAUCUGGCGCUGGAGCACCCUGCAGUGAGUGUCUGGAAAAGUGUCCGGGUCUAGACUUGCAUUUCUGGCGUAAGGUGUGUCGCAACUGUAUGUGUCGUAAGGACAAGCACAUAUGCACGGAUGAUGAUGCCACGGGCUGGGCUCAAUUCGAAAUAUUGGGCCAAAUAAGAGCGAAGCCAGCAUUUAUAAAAAUAAAGGCAUUGGCUAGUCAGCCCGUGCAAGUGGAGUGGGUGCCACCAAAUGCGUCACCCGACGUUGUAUCGGAUUAUAUGGACAAGCUGGGUGCAGCGCAGAUUCCUGUUGCUGGCAGUGAGGCGGCAAAUAAGCGCAAGCAACAGCUGGAGUUCCAAGUACCACCUCAUGAUCUGGAUGCGACACUUUGCGACAAUCUUACAGAGACGGAGGCACUACAACUGCAGCAAUAUGUACAAAAGCUGCGUGAACAAUGCGUUGGCCAGGGCAUUGUGGUGCGCGUGGGUCGCAUCAUACAUGCACAAGUGGAGCAUAUGCCGCCGCCAACGGAGCCGCAGUCGACGCUGCUGCAGAGUCUGGGUUUGCCUAGUGUAGCGGAUGCAACGAUAAAUGAGCUGUUGUCAAAUCCAAAGUUGGCCAGUGCACUUAGCCAGCAAACCACUUCACAGCAGCCCAGAUUGCUGGUGGCUUUUGCGGAGCCUUUAAGCGACUCUACAGCGCAAUAUGAUAUGCAUUCAGCUUUGCAGGCGCAGACCAAGGAGAAGUUAUUGGGUAUAAGCAAGCCAGCGCUGCAGAGUCUUGUCAAUCAUGGUAUUGUCUAUGACAAGCUAUUAGGAUUGCUAGAGGAUAAGAAACUCAAUAUUUCGCGUGAUCCAUGUCUGGGUCCCAUUUCUGAGUUUCGCAAGGAGUAUGUCAGCAAUCCGCAAUUCAGAGCUGAAAUCAAUGCCAUAUGCCCGCCGCCUGUGUUGGCGACCACACCGCUUAAGUCUCAAGCUGCAAGCACACCAUUCCAUUCACCGCUGCCGCUGAAGCAACCUGCACAGGCACGCUUUGGUGCGCAACUGCGUCAGGAAACGCCCAUGCGACACGUUAAGUUUGGUGGCGUAAACACCAUAGUCUAUGACUGUGGCCUGCCCGCACAUGUAGACUACGAGCGUGAUCCCAUCUUUGCGCAAAUUGUGCAGGCAGAGCCGCUCAAGCAGGCGUUCCAAGCUACGCGUGCUGGACGUGCGCCACCAGCCGUGGUGCUUGCCCAUACGCCAGCAGCUACUGCUAAUCUGCAGCAAUUGCAGGGCUUGUCGCCAGCAAGGCAGGGCCAACUUCAAAGCGUGGGUGUGGAUCGGCAUAUGCUACACUCGGCAGUAGCCAAUGGCCCCUACUACAAUCGCCUGUUUCAGACACUGCAGGACAAGGGCAUCAAGCAUGAUCAGUGCCAGCUUUUGGAGCCAUUGAAGCAAAUGAACGACUGGUUGCUCAAUGAUGAGCAAUUGCUGGACGACAUUGACAAACUGUUUGCCAACAUGGCCAACAAAGCUGCAGACAUUAGCUAUGGCAACGAAAUGUUGAGCAAUUCGGCAAGCCACGACUCUGGAUUCUGCUCGAAGCCCACGACGCCUGGAUACGCUGGAGAAGAGCUCAACGCUAGUCAGGGCAGGUUCACCAACAUACCUGGCAUUGAGCAGAUGAAUAUGUAUCCCAGCUGCUUGACUGAUCAGCUACAGCAGCUGCAACUGAACGAUGAGAAAUCAAAGCCAGCAAUGCCCUUGCCCAGCCAUAAUUGCCGUGACUGUGGCUUGGCUAUAGGUCUGGGUGAAGUUGCUGUUAAGGCGGAACGCGCUGGCAAAGACAUUGCCUGGCAUCCGGGCUGCUUCAAGUGUCACACAUGUCGUGAGCUUUUGGCUGAUUUGGUCUACUUCUUUCAUCAUGGACAAGUCUACUGUGGCCGUGAUCUGGCCAUCAAACUAAAGAUACCACGCUGCAAGGCCUGCGAUGAGCUCAUCUUCACCAAGGAAUACACUGCCGCCGAGGGCGCCAAUUAUCACAUUAAGCACUUUUGCUGUCUACAGUGUGAUGAGCCGCUGGCUGGCCAACAGUAUAUACCCGAUGAGAAGUCCAACAUGCCGCUUUGCCUUGGUUGCUAUGACAAGUUCUAUGCCGGCACAUGCAAGCGCUGCCAGCUGCCCAUUGGGCCCGCGGAUCAGGGCGUCGUAUGGGGAGACAUACACUGGCAUGGCCAGUGCUUUAUGUGCGCUGGUGUUGACUGCGCCAAAUCCCUCAUUGGCGGUCGCUUCUGUGUCAAGCAGGAAAUGCCCUUUUGCAGUCCUGCCUGCGUCAGAAGUGUUAUUCAAGCUUAAAGUAUUCAAAUGCACAAAUUUUUAUAAGUAAACCUUCUUGUAUUCCAUAUUCUCCGUAGCAUAACCACUAGCCAUGCAAGCAAGCACAACGAUAGUGCCUAAAAUAGUUUAAAACAUACGAUUUUUAACCGUGCCUAUUGCAAUUUAAAAUGCAAUUUAUUUACACAUGUAUACCAUUGAGUAUUAGGAACACCCUUUUGGUGUGGACGCAGGCCGCCUUUACAGGCUAACAUUUUAUAACGCACAAUAUUUAAAAUAAACGUUU